AUGGAUGAGGCUUCAAAUUCAUACCAAUAUUUCAAUUGCCAUGAGUUCUUCGUCACUAAAUAUCAAGAAAUUGGGAGCUCAACAAUAAAGGAAUAUCCAGAAAACGAUGCUCUUUGUAUAACUCAUUUUCCAAAUAUAUACCAUGCUGCAAACUCGAAGUUAUUUGACUCUACGAGGAUAGUUAGGAUACCAAGGCAAUUUGAUAAAACGGUUCAUUACCCGUAUUUUAGCGAAUAUUUACCAGGUAAUGAACCAGCGGCUUUACGCAGUACAAAUGAUAGUGGAUUUAAUCCGUUUGGAAUAUAUGACGGACAGUUAUUUGGUAAGACAUCGCUUAGUCCGCUAUCUAACUACCUAACUGCAGAGCAGUUCCGUGAGAUUGUUAGUGAAAUUAACGAAUAUUUAAGAGAAGGUUACCAAGUGCAUCCAUAUAUUAGUAUAUUGCAUAAUGUGGCGGAUGCUUUGACGUUUAAUAUAUGGAGUAGGUUAUUUGGGUUGUUUUCCUCAGAGAGUCCUCUUCAGCGGUUAGAAGAAUACAUAGAACAGGUGAAUGAGCGGUCCUUGUUCAAGGACAACGGACUUCGAAUGAUUUCUCUAAGGAGAUCUGGCUACCUAUCGCUCGAUAUAGAGAUCCCUAAGCCUGAACUCGCUGACUUCAUUAAGUGA